AUGUCCUCAAAAGCGAAACGUUUGUGUCUCGAUAUCAAAACUAAACUUGAAAUAAUCGAAGAAAUUACGAACGGUGUGAGUCAGGCAACAGUUUGCAGAAAUCGUGGACUAUCGAAGCAGUCUGUGAACACGAUUUGGAAAAGUCGAGACAAGCUCCGAGACGCAAGUGACAGUUUAGUUCUUAGCCGGAAGAAGAAGAUCAGAUCCGCAGCCUACGACGACGUUGAGGAGGCCCUCUUGAAAUGGCUCCAAUGCGUAAGGUCACAGAACGUUCCUGUUGAUGGGCCCUUAUUGAGAAAGAAAGCCCUGAGCUUGGCGGGACAGCUCGGUAGGUUCUCCUUCGAGUGUAGCAAUGGUUGGCUGGAUCGGAUGAAAGCCAGACACGAACUGGUUUUCCGCGAUGUGUGCGGCGAGGGAGCUUCAGUAAAUGAAUCUAUGGUUACAAAAUGGUCUAUUGAAAAACUCCCGACACUUCUCGCACCUUUCGCUCCUCGGAAUGUAUUCAAUGCAGAUGAGACGGGACUCUUCUACCGUCUCCUGCCGAACAAAACAAUCUGUUUCAAGGGAGAUCCGUGCGUCGGUGGUAAAAAAAGCAAGGAACGUUUGACAGUCAUGGUCGCUGCGAACAUGGAUGGGUCAGAGAAGCUCCCCCUGCUGGUGAUCGGCAAGUCUGGAAAACCUCGCUGUUUCAAGCACGUCAAGACUCUACCCACCGAAUAUACUUUCAACCGGAAGGCCUGGAUGACGUCGCAAGUUUUGAUAGACUG